AUGAGAGGAACCCUGUCCCCCAUUGUUGGUCAGAACAAGGUCAUUAUAAAAGAAAAUUCUGCAAUGUUUGUCGAAAGAGGCUCGAUGAUACCUGGGCCGUGCGCUGCGAAAGUGAGUCUCUGCGGCUAUUCCGUGCACGCGGAGUGCCAGGAUUUCGCGACCCCCGACUGCAAGGAAUGCGAGACGUACAUCCCGGAGCGGCAACUAGACACGACAGCCCACAAGCAUCACUGGAGGGAAGGCAACCUCCCGCCCAAUUCCAAAUGCGUCAUUUGCAAGAAGACCUGCUGGUCGGCCGAGUGCCUGACCGGCUUCCGGUGCGAAUGGUGUGGGAUCACGUGCCACCCAGGGUGCAAAAAGAACGUGCCUCCAGAAUGCAACUUUGGGAGCUUGGAGCCCAUCAUGCUGCCUCCGCAUGCAGUGUCCAUUCCAAGGACGGAAGUGCCCAUGGAUGCCAUCUUCGGCGUCCAACGUCGUCGGAAGGAGGGCAUACCACAUCGCGGGCUGAUUCCAGAGGAACCAUCGAGUACGAACCUGAGGGCUUGGGACGAAGACAACGCCUCCGGUGGAUAUCAACAGCAGAAGGACAAGGAUCGCCGCGAUCGGGAGGAACGCGACGAAGCAGAGGUGGUAAAGGUCUUCGACGGGAACUUGAGCUUGAGCCGACGGAUGUUCCGAUCUGUGACCGUAUCACAUAAUGUCACGUUGGAACAGCUCCUUUCCUCUGCACUCAAAGCAUUCCACAUUCGGAGGGAUCCGAAGCAUUUUUACAUUGCCGACGCUUACACGGCCGAGGAAGGAGAGCUCACCGAACAGUAUCCACUGCAUCAUCUCAUUCGUGCCGAAGGGAAACGCCCUGCCGUCUUCCUUCGAGAUAAAGGCAAUGACUGUGGUGAGAUCGAGGUGUACCCAUCCCGGCUGCACGGGAUCACCAGUUACAGAGUGCUCACUGUGACGAACGAGACCACCGUGGCCGAACUCAUCAUUACUGCCCUGCAGAAAUACGGCCUUCUCGGCGAGGACUCGAAGGACUACCAGAUGACGGAAGUCUGUCUGGAUAAAGGAGGUCAGUGCACUCCUGUUGCACUCAGGAGCGACCUGGGCUCUGGAUCUCUUCUCAUUCGUUCUCCAGUGUCCGAGAGGGUGAUGGGGAUGGACGAGCAGCCGUGGGAGUGCCUCAAGGCCCUGAGUCGAGAUUCCAUUCGCCAGAUGGAGCUCACGAGAUUCUAUUUGCAGAAGGUGGAGGACCCGCACGGACCCAGCAUUGCACUGUUCGUGGGAAACCUUCCGAUGAAUCUCUCGCAGAGGCAGUACGAAUCCAUUCUCAUCGACAUGUUGGGGAAGGAUAACAAGUUCGUCACCAUCGGUCCCAUCUAUUACGAGUAUGGGUCCCUGGUCAUCACGUAUACGGAUCCCAUCGAGGCCGUUCGGGCCUUCUAUACGCUUCGGGAAGUCAUGGUCGAAGACAAGACGCUCAUGGUGUUGCUGUUGCCGAACAUUACGCCGUCGAUGAUCCCCCCGAAAGUGAAGCCGUUGUUGGUGUUCGUGAACGUGAAAAGCGGGGGGUGUCAAGGGCUUCAGCUCAUCGCCAGCUUCCGCAAGCUUCUCAAUCCCUACCAAGUCUAUGAUCUCGACAAUGGUGGUCCCCUGUCUGGGUUGUACGUGUUCCGAAAGAUCGAGGACUACCGGAUCUUGGUGUGUGGGGGAGACGGAACGAUCGGCUGGGUCCUCCAAUGCUUGGACAAUGUGGGCCAGGAUUCUGAGUGUUCAUCUCCACCGUGUGCUAUCGUCCCCCUUGGGACUGGGAAUGACCUUGCCCGGGUCCUCCACUGGGGGGCUGGGUACACGGGUGGGGAAGAUCCCCUGACACUCCUCCGGGAUGUGAUCGACGCCGAGGAGAUCCGCCUCGACCGAUGGACGGUCGUCAUUCACACGGACGAGAAGGACGACCGCCCGCCUAGCACCCUCCCUCCUUGUGCUCAAGUUGGGACGACCAACGAAGACAAUACCCAAAUCUAUGUGAUGAACAAUUACUUUGGGAUUGGGAUUGAUGCGGAUCUGUGUCUGGACUUUCAUAACGCUCGCGAGGAGAACCCCAACAAGUUCAACAGCAGGUCUGUCUCCUCCCCUUCAGGCAAAAAAGGAGGAGAAAUUGCAGAUGAUUCAUGCUUAUCAGUAUCUCUCACCAGGAUCCAUAACAAGGGAGUGUAUGUGAAGAUGGGUCUGCGAAAGAUGGUCUCUGGGAAGCUCUGUAAGGAUCUCCACAAGUUGAUCGUCCUAGAGGUCGACGGCAAGAAGAUCGACCUCCCACCCGUCGAGGGGAUCAUCAUUCUAAACAUUCUCAGUUGGGGGAGCGGGGCGAACCCAUGGGGUCCAGAGAAGGACGAUCAUUUCAGCAAGCCUAACCACUGGGACGGGAUGCUGGAAGUGGUUGGCGUGACCGGGGUCGUCCAUCUGGGCCAGAUCCAGAGCGGCUUAAGGUCUGCCAUCCGGAUCGCCCAAGGCGGUCACAUCCGAGUCCGGUUGAACACGGAAGUGCCGAUCCAGGUGGACGGGGAGCCGUGGAUUCAAGGGGCCUCCGAAGUUACCAUCCUCAAGUCUGCUCUGAAGGCGUGGCUUGAUCCUUAG